UAUUUUUUUGUAUUUUUUUUUUUUAAAUCCAGAGAGAAAGAAAAUAUUUUUUUAUUAUUUUUUUUAGGAAAAGGUUAAAAAAAGGAAAAUCCUCAGCGGUGAGCAGAGUUGCUUUUUGGGUGAAGAAAGAGGCUGAGCUGCGGCGAGCAGAGGGUUAAACUUUCAGUGUUCCCAGCCUGAAAGAGGGGGUUCGUGGGGGGCUAUGAGAUAAGGAUGCCGGGGUCGCUGAGUAAUGAGGACGAGGGACAGGACGACAUGGAUUUUGAAGACGAUCUGCCAGAUGACGAUGAUGAAGGUGAGCGCAACAGUCUUCCCCUCAGGCCCCUCGCCAGCUUCUUCUCUGACAACGACUUGCUCAAACAGCAAAAGAAGAAGAAGCCCAAAAAAAAUAAAGAGAGCAAAAUACCCAAAGUUAACAAGAGGAAAAAAGAGGCAGGACUCCAGACACGAGUGGACAGUGACCUGGAUGAGGUCUCAGAGGUAGAGGAGGAACGAGAACGCCCGGAGGUCGGCUCAGAGAGCGAGAGCAGCGCCUAUGGCCUCACCAAGAAGAAGAAGAAAAAACCCAAGGAGAAGAAAGAGAAGAAGCCCAGGAAGAAAAAGAGAGACGAGGAUGAUGAGGAUGACGACGACGAUGACGGCAACAUGAAAGAACCCAAGUCAUCCAGCCAGCUGAUGCAUGAAUGGGGUCUGGAGGACGUUCAAUACGGCUUCACUGAGGACGACUACAAAACCAUCACCAACUACAAGGCUUUCAGCCAGUUCCUCCGGCCUCUCAUUGCCAAGAAGAAUCCCAAGAUUCCCAUGUCAAAGAUGAUGACGGUGUUAGGGGCCAAGUGGCGCGAGUUCAGUGCCAACAACCCGUUCAAAGGCGCAUCUGCCACCGCCGUGGCCGCUGCCGUGGCUGCCGCAGUGGAGAUGGUCACUGUGGAUCAGCCAACAUCUGUCUGCAGCAGCCAGCUGAGCUCCCAGCAGGGGCCGAUCAAAAAAGCCAAAACCAAAGAAGGAAAAGGACCGGGCGUUAGAAAGAAAACCAAGACUGUGAAAGAAGCAAAGAAGAAACCGAAGCCGAAGAAGAACAAAUCCAAGUUGGGUCAGAGUGGGAAGAAAAAGAAAGUGUCCUCUAGUGAGGAGGACUUUCUGGAGGAGUCCGACUUUGAUGACAUCAGUAUCCACAGUGCCUCUGUGCUUUCUGAUGCCUUGGGGGCCGCCACCAAGAAAAAGGCCCGGCGUGGGCGGAAAAAAAGAAAAAAGGAGGACGGUGAUGGCUACGAGACAGACCACCAGGACUACUGUGAGGUUUGCCAGCAGGGGGGAGAAAUUAUCCUGUGUGACACCUGUCCAAGAGCCUACCACCUGGUGUGUCUGGACCCUGAGCUGGAGAAAGCACCUGAGGGGAAGUGGAGCUGUCCACACUGUGAGAAGGAGGGAAUCCAGUGGGAGGCCAAAGACGAAGAGGAGGAGGAGGAGGAAGCUGCAGGAGAAGAGGAGGAUGACCACAUGGAGUUUUGCAGAGUGUGCAAAGAUGGAGGAGAGCUUCUGUGCUGUGACACCUGCCCAUCGUCCUACCACAUCCACUGCCUCAACCCGCCUCUGCCUGAAAUCCCAAACGGGGAGUGGUUGUGUCCUCGCUGCAUGUGUCCUCCUCUUAAAGGGAAAGUUCAGAGGAUCCUGCACUGGAGGUGGGGAGAGCCCCCGCUGCCAGCUGAGCCCCCUGCAGGCCCUGAUGGCAAACCCACCGAUCCGCUAACCAAGCCCCCGCUCAAAGGCCGCCCAGAGAGGGAGUUCUUUGUGAAGUGGGCCGGCCUUUCGUACUGGCACUGCUCCUGGGCCAGUGAACUGCAGUUUUGAUAAGGACGGGGAUGUGCACUACCUGAUCAAGUGGAGAGACCUGCCGUACGAUCAGUGCACCUGGGAGGCGGAUGAUUUUGACGUCCCGGAUUACGACAUUCACAAAGCUUUCUACUGGGAUCACAGAGAGCAGAUUUUAGGAGAGGACCAACGCCCUCUUGUGGUAAGAAAAGGAAGGAAACUAAAAGAGGACUACCCAAAAAGAGAGGUCCCCCCUGAUGCCCCUAUCAUAGAUCCAACCAUUAAGUUCGAGCACCAGCCCUGGUACAUUAACGCCACCGGGGGAACGCUGCACCCGUACCAGCUCGAGGGUCUGAAUUGGUUGAGAUUUUCCUGGGCUCAGGGGACAGAUACCAUCCUGGCUGAUGAAAUGGGACUAGGGAAGACGGUGCAGACAAUCGUUUUUCUCUACUCACUGUAUAAAGAGGGUCAUUCUAAGGGGCCUUUCUUGGUGAGCGCGCCGCUUUCCACGAUCAUCAACUGGGAGAGGGAGUUCGAGAUGUGGGCUCCGGAUUUCUACGUGGUGACUUACACCGGAGACAAAGACAGCAGGGCAACUAUCAGGGAAAAUGAGUUCACUUUUGAAGACAGUGCAGUGAAAUCUGGACGGAAAGUGUUUCGAAUGAAGAAAGACACUCCGAUCAAGUUCCACGUUUUGCUGACGUCAUACGAACUGAUCACCAUAGAUCAAGCCAUUCUGGGCUCCGUCACCUGGGCCUGUCUGGUUGUAGAUGAGGCCCACAGACUGAAAAACAACCAAUCAAAGUUUUUCAGAAUCCUCAACGGGUACAAGAUCUACUACAAGCUGCUGCUCACCGGAACGCCCCUGCAGAACAACCUGGAGGAGCUCUUCCAUCUACUUAACUUYCUCACCCCAGAGCGCUUCAACAACCUGGAAGGCUUCCUGGAGGAGUUUGCAGAUAUCUCUAAAGAGGACCAGAUAAAGAAGCUCCACGAUCUUCUCGGGCCUCACAUGCUCAGGAGGCUGAAAGCUGACGUCUUCAAGAACAUGCCGGCAAAGACUGAGCUCAUCGUCAGAGUGGAGCUCAGUCCCAUGCAGAAGAAAUAUUACAAGUUUAUCUUAACACGAAACUUUGAGGCUCUGAACUCCAAAGGUGGAGGGAAUCAAGUGUCUCUGCUCAACAUCAUGAUGGACCUGAAGAAGUGCUGCAACCACCCUUACCUGUUCCCCGUGGCUGCYGUGGAGGCUCCAGUUUUACCCAAUGGUUCUUAUGAUGGCAAUCUGCUGGUGAAGUCCUCAGGAAAACUAACGUUGCUUCAGAAAAUGCUGAAGAAGCUUAAAGAUGAAGGACACAGAGUUCUUAUUUUCUCUCAGAUGACAAAGAUGCUGGAUCUGCUUGAGGAUUUUCUGGAAUUUGAAGGRUAUAAAUAUGAACGGAUUGAUGGGGGGAUCACCGGAGGCCUACGACAAGAAGCCAUCGACCGAUUCAACGCCCCAGGUGCGCAGCAGUUCUGCUUCUUGCUUUCAACACGAGCCGGAGGUCUCGGCAUCAACCUGGCCAGCGCAGACACCGUCAUCAUCUACGACUCCGACUGGAACCCCCACAAUGACAUCCAAGCUUUCAGCAGAGCCCACCGCAUCGGCCAGAACAAGAAGGUGAUGAUCUACCGCUUCGUGACUCGGGGCUCGGUGGAGGAGAGGAUCACUCAGGUAGCGAAGAGAAAAAUGAUGCUGACUCACCUGGUGGUGCGGCCCGGCCUGGGCUCUAAAACGGGCUCCAUGUCCAAGCAAGAGCUGGACGACAUCCUCAAGUUUGGAACUGAGGAGCUUUUCAAGGAUGAAAUGGAGGCGGCACGGACAAUGGGCGACAACAAAGAUGGCGAGGAGGGCAAUGUGAUUCACUACGAUGAUGAUGCCAUUUCUAAGCUGCUGGACCGGAGCCAGGACGCCACUGAGGACACAGAGAUUCAGAACAUGAACGAGUACCUGAGCUCCUUCAAGGUGGCUCAGUAUGUGGUGAAAGAAGAAGACGGAGAGGAGGAGGUGGAGCGAGAGAUCAUCAAGCAGGAGGAGAACGUGGACCCCGACUACUGGGAGAAACUCCUCCGCCAUCACUACGAGCAGCAGCAGGAGGACCUGGCUCGAAACCUGGGCAAAGGCAAACGCAUCCGGAAGCAGGUCAACUACAACGAUACGACCCAGGAGGACCAAGAGUGGCAGGAUGAUCUUUCAGACAAUCAGUCGGAGUACUCCGUGGGGUCCGAGGACGAGGACGAAGAUUUCGAGGAGAGGCCUGAAGGUGGACGCAGACAGUCCCGUCGGCAGCUGAAGAAUGAGAAAGACAAACCUCUUCCACCUUUACUGGCACGGGUCGGAGGGAGUAUCGAGGUCCUGGGGUUCAACACUCGCCAGAGGAAAGCCUUCCUCAACGCCAUCAUGCGCUGGGGCAUGCCCCCUCAGGAUGCCUUCAACUCACACUGGCUGGUUCGAGACCUCAGGGGGAAAAGUGAGCGGGAGUUCAGGGCCUACGUGUCUCUGUUUAUGAGACAUUUAUGUGAGCCAGGUGCCGACGGAGCAGAGACCUUUGCUGAUGGAGUGCCCCGCGAGGGCCUUUCUCGUCAGCACGUUCUCACCAGGAUAGGAGUCAUGUCACUUGUCAGGAAAAAGGUGCAGGAGUUUGAACAUGUAAACGGGAAGCUGAGCUCUCCAGAUCUGAUUCCUAUUGGAAUGGAGCUGAAGAAACUGACUGAGAGUGUGUCCUCUGAUCCCAACACUCCUGUGCCAGCCAGCCCUGUGGCCACGCAGCCCAGCACCCCCGUCCCACCAGGAACAGAGUCUUUCGUGGGUAACGCUGAGGACAAGGAGAGCACAGAACAAGAUGGAAAGAAAUCUUCAGAGCAGGAGCAGGCUUCCAGCGCUGAGCCAGCCUCUGCACCUGACAGCGAGGAGAGCAAGGCCAGCUCGGAGGAGAAAACAGAAGAUGAGAGGAACAGAACCAAGUCCCCCGCCGCCAAGGCCGAGCCGUGCGCUCACCCGAAAGAGCCCACGUUCAAGCAGACGGAGCCGCCGUCCAGUCACGCCUCGCCGAAGACGGACCCCUGCAAAGAAGUCGAGAAACCCUCCGAAAAAGGAGACGCCGGCUCUCCCCGGGAGAAAAGCGAAGACAAAGAAAAUAAGCCAGAUGAUGUGAAGAGCGAGGCCGCGUUAGAGGGAAGACUGAAUGGAGACAAAGACACUUUGGAUGAGAUGGAUGAGAGCAGAAAGGAGGAGAAAAAUGGGUUCAAAGCCAAGUUUAUGUUUAAUAUUGCUGAUGGAGGUUUUACCGAGUUGCACACCCUCUGGCAAACAGAGGAGCGAGCGGCGCUGUCUUCUGGAAAAAUACAUGACAUCUGGCAUCGUCGCCAUGACUACUGGCUGCUGGCUGGCAUCGUAACACAUGGCUACGCUCGCUGGCAAGACAUUCAGAAUGACCCCCGUUACGCCAUUCUCAACGAGCCGUUCAAAACUGAGAUACACAAGGGCAACUACUUAGAGAUGAAGAACAAGUUCCUGGCGCGCCGCUUUAAGUGCUGAACCAGCUGGAGGAACUUCUGAGCGACAUGAAAGCAGAUGUGACCCGACUGCCCAACAUGCUGUCCAGAAUCCCGCCGGUGUCGGCCCGUCUGCAGAUGUCCGAGAGGAGCAUCCUGAGCCGCCUCACCAGCCGAGGCAGCGAGCCUCCRCUGCAGCAGACCUUCAGCCAGGGUGGGUUCAGCUGCACGCAGAUGUACAGCAGCACUUUCGGCGGGGGCUUCAGAGGACCAGGCGGACAGCCCAUGGUCAACUACAGUCAGAUGCCCCUUGGACCCUACGUCAGCGUGUCCUCCAACGCCCCCCUGACCCCUACAAGCCAUCUGGACAAGAAAUCACUUGACUCUUUGAGAGACGUGGCUACGCCCGAACUCAAAUCGGGCAAAUCUAGCGAUGUCAUCUGUAUCGAGGACUAGACCAGCUCUGUCUCGAUGACCUGAGGUCAGAAACUCCCAGGGAUGGAAUCUGUAUGAAUGACUGCUGCCCUUGUCUUACUCCACAUCCUUCUCUCUCCUCCUCCCUUCCUCAUAAUUCCCAUCGAAGCUCUCUGCGGCGAGUGGUUGAGACGAUUUUCAUUCUCUCAGAUGUAUCGAUCUUAAAAGUUGCACUUUUAUCUUUUAAAAGUCCUAUAGAAGYACUUCAGUAGGCGUUUGUUUUGUUUGUAACGCACAGCUGCAGUUCAGGAGGGAAAACGGGGAAGCUUUUUUUUUUUAAAGGACUUUAUGAGGCCUGCACUACAAACCAAAACUCAAUCAAGUCGAGUUUUGGAUGCUCUUCAUUUGGGGGCUCGUUUUAAUCUUGUAAUAUAAGCUUUUUUUCUGCAAGCUGCAACUUUAUAAGUCUCUGUGYGUUAUUUUUGCUUUGAUCUAUUCUCCAACAGCCCCUUUACACUGUGACUGUGCUGCUCUGGACUCUUACAGAAGAGGAGAAAUUCAGUCGUAGUUUGAUAUGUUUUGACUGUUUCUGACGGCCGUUGUGUUUAAAAUUUUGUUAUUAUGUGUUGUAAGCGGCGGAUCGAAUAUUGCUUUUAAAGCAUCAGAAACUGUACAUCCUUUUAGCAGAGCAGUCUGUGUGACUUUAAGACUGCCACCUGCUGGUAACUUGGAGAAAGUGAAACUGCAGCAUCUUUAAAGGCUGGCCUCCUGUACAGUAAAUAAUCAGAAACUGCGGUUUAUUUUCCAUGAUGAUGAAAAUACGUUCACGAACACCUUCAGGGAUGACGUCACAUCCCCGGCUCGUGGACGAAUCAUCGAGCAGAGCAGGAAAAUCUUUUGGAGUGAGCGGAGCGUCAAUAAUGCAUUUUUAGAGACAGCGCARUAUUUUUUUGUGCCACGGUACAAUAAUUCUCUUCAUCUGAAUGUUAGUAUUAACUUAGCCGUGGAGCCUCACCUCGGGGCCAUAAACAGGGCCACGUCUGGCCCUCAGCGAACUGAGACUCAUCAUCGAAUGGAUGCAUUUUUUUUUCUUUUAUGUCCAGGAAUUUUUCCCACUUCCUGUUUAGUUGUUCCAGAACGAUAUAAUGUGAUGCCAUGGCACAUUCAGCUUACAAGUUUUAUUUUUUUUAUUAUUCUCUCAGUAUAUAGUUUAAUUUUGAUGCCAGUAUAAAAGAUGAAUGAUUCGUUCCUUGAUGCAGUGUUUUUUUUCUCUGGUGGUGCCAUGAUCUAAACCUACCUGGAGUUGCACAACAUUAGUCUGAGACGUUCACACCUGUUUUACAUUUGUUUAGUUCACCUUUUUUUUAAUUGAAUUUAAAUUCAUGUUGAAGUAUUUUUGUUCUCAUUUACCAUUUAAGUGAUUUUAAUAAGAUUUUCUAGAGCAAAAAAAUGUAAAGAACAGAAUGCAAUGAUCUGCAACAAGUUCAAAACCACUAAAAUUGUAUAAAAGCAAAAUAUAAGAACUGGUUCAAAAUGAGAUUUUCUGUAAUUUCACAAGACUUGUAGUGUUGAAAUGGAGGAAAGCAGUAAUUUUCUGUGCUUUYAUUAAGGGUUGGCCAGUUUAGCUCUCUGUGUUGUAACAUGUGGGAUGUAGCUUGCUGAAAUAAGCAAGGCCCUUCCCUGGAAAAAAAAAAAGCAGCUUUUAUUUGUCAGCACUUGUUUCUCCGAAACCUGUUAUUCAGCUUUGAUCGUGCCUUUUUGAAUGUGUACAUGAAUGCACACCCAGACUCUUGCAAAUGCUGGCAGAACUGUGUGUGCUGAUGACACGCUGAGGGAUUUUUACGUUCAGAAUGAAGGAUCGAUUAAUAAAAAAAGAAAAAAGAUACCAUUUUCACAUGGUAGAGUUUUAAGUUUUAGUCAUAGAUCGUGUUUUUAAUUCUGGGUCUGGUGACGUCUUGAAAUUUGCAACCAUCCUUUGUUGGUUGUCGUUCUAUGUUCCGUUUUUUUUUUUUUUGUCCUGGACUCUGAAUAUUUUUACGACACAAUGCUUCAUAGAUGAUAAAAAAUCAACACAGUUGUAGAGAUUUUUACAUUGUGAGAUAUUUAAUUGUUGAUUUAUUUAAUCACGACAUCACCUAUUAAACAUUUCCAGAACGUUUGUUGUAGAUCUCGACUGAGACGUGCUUCUGUGGCCAAGGUGAUCUUUAGAAAUCAGGGCAGCUGUCUGAUAUACAACAAGCUUUAUAUUUAUUAAAGUAUAAUAGUUGUCUAAUUUGACUACAUGCAUAUCUACUAAGCCUUUAAGAGAGGGGCAUUCUUGUUAAAAAAAAACUAAAUUGUGGACUACAGUAUGUAGGCUGUUUGCACAGAAAUGGCAGAUUCCAGUGUCCAGUAUCAGGUUUAUCUCUAUGAUGCAUGAAAACUUGAUCAUGUUCUUGUCCAUAUAUUUAGUUUAAGGCGUUAAUUUGACCAUAUAAUAGUGCCACAUGCUGUUUACGAUACUCUAAAUGAACAUUGGAUUUAACUGCAAAUCAUUGCUUUCUGUUUCGACUUUUUAAAGCAGACUUUAAAUGUGUGUGAAGGCAGUGUCAGACUCAAAGUGCCAGUUUUUAACAAAUAUGUUCCCCCCACCAAAACAAACUCAUUUGUGUCACUUCUGCUUACAUAAUGUGUGGGAUUGCAGCCGCAGUGGACUUUUAAAGGGAUUCCUGAUUGGUUGUAACCUUAGACUUUAUUUGAUAAACGUAUUUUAACUGUAAAAUAAAGACUGUAAAAAUA